AUGGAGGAGAAGGUGCUCCUCGCCGUGGCCGUGGUCGUGCUGCUCGUCGUCGUCUCCAAGCUCAAGUCUUUGCUAGUCACCAAGCCGAAGCUAAACCUGCCCCCAGGGCCGUGGACGCUGCCGUUGAUAGGCAGCAUCCACCACCUGGUCACCAGCCCAUCGAUCUACCGGGCAAUGCGUGACCUCGCGCAGAAGCACGGGCCGCUCAUGAUGCUCCGGCUGGGCGAGGUGCCCACGCUGGUGGUGUCGUCGCCGGAGGCCGCGCAGGCGAUCACGAAGACGCACGACAUCACGUUUGCCGACCGUCACUUGAACGCCACCAUCGGCGUGCUCACCUUUAACGGCACCGACCUGGUGUUCGGGACCCACGGCGAGCGGUGGCGCCAGCUCCGCAAGAUCACCUUGCUGGAGCUGCUCAUCGUCGCGCGCGUGCAGUCGUUCCAGCGCAUCCGCGAGGAGGAGGUGGCGCGGUUCAUGCAGAGCCUCGCCGCGUCCGCCGGCGCCGGCGCCACAGUCAACCUGUCCAAGAUGAUCUCCAGAUUCAUCAACGACACCUUCACGUCUGUGCUCACCGUGGCCGACCUCUUCCCGUCGUCGAGGCUCAUGCAGAUUCUCGGCACGGCGCCUCGCAACGCGCUCAAGUGCCGCAACAGGAUCACGCGCAUCCUGGAGCAGAUCAUCCACGAGCAGGUGGAGGCCAUGGACCGUGGCGAGAAGACGGCGCACGAGGGCUUAAUCGGUGUCCUGCUCAGGCUGCAGAAAGAGGCCAGCUUGCCCGUUGAGCUUACCAACGACACCAUUGUGGCGCUCAUGUUUGACUUGUUCGGCGCCGGCAGCGAUACCUCGUCGACGACACUGAACUGGUGCAUGACAGAGCUAAUGCGGUACCCGGCAACCAUGGCCAAAGCGCAGGCCGAGGUUCGGGAGGCCUUUAAGGGGAAGACCAGAAUCACCGAGGAUGACCUCGCCGGGGCAGAGCUUAUCUACCUCAAGCUUGUGAUCAAGGAAGCUCUUAGGAUGCACUGCCCACUGCCGCUCCUGCUCCCGCGGCAGUGCCGGGAGACGCCAGGUCAUGGGCUACGACAUCCCUAA